CGAAUAAAGUUUAGGACAAAAACCAUCAGUGUUUCUCAUUUCGUGCUCAUAGUUGUGAAUGAAUACAUCAAAUUCAGUCACAUACAGUCUAGUUGCACAAAUAUUUCAACGUAUCCGACACUCAAAUCAGAUCCGAAAUUCCACCUCUGCAAAUGUUCAGAACUCUACACAGCCACCGUGCGAUGCUCCAUUUCAAAUAAUGACCUCUGGUCUGUCAUCUGUCGUUUAUCGGAUGCAGUGAAAAGGUGGCUUCAGUCCAGUAAGACGAAAGAAAAUGAUCUGCAAAAAUGUAAUGAGUACUUUUCAAGUUUAAAUAAAAUUGUAAGGAGUAAAAAGUGCUAUUUUUUUCUUUGUAAAUGUAAUUAAUUAAGUAAAAGUAUAAGUAUUCCGUUUAAAGUACAAAUCCCAAAAAACAAUACUUAAAUAAUAAUAAUACUUAAGUAUUUUUACUCAAUUACUUUACACCCCUGCUUUUUGGACCUUUUAAGUUCUGGCCGACAUUCCCUUGCAUUGUAUGGACCUAAAGACCUAAGAUAUUCUUCUAAAAAUCUUUAUAUGUGUUCAGCAGAAGAAAGAAAGUCGUACAAAUCUAGGAUGGCAUGAGGGUGAGUAAAAGAUGAGAGAAUUUUCAUUUUUGGGUGAACUAUCCCUUUAAUAUUAUAAUUAUUAAGAACAGCGUAAUGUUGAUCAACUCGCCUAAAUAGUAUUUGAUACCAUCUGAUUAUUGUUAAUACUAUUCCCGUUAAAGUAUAUAGGAAACUAUAGGGACUAAUCAGAAGUACUGCUUGGAUAAGGUAGCGUUGGUUGGCCCAUCCAGAUAGUAUUAGUCAUUACCUCUGGCUGAGGAUAAUGUUGCUUUAAUUAAGUCUAUGCAGAUCUAGGGGGACUUAGCAAAACUACUAUCCAGAUAAAUGUUAGCAGGGAGCAACCUGUCUGAAUAGUAUUAUUCAUGACAUUUCAUGACAUGAGAACUGAGCAAGUUCUCAUUUAUUAGAGUAGCAGUGUGUGAUUUAGUGCUAGCUGCAAUUACGAUCGGCCCUGAAUCCAGGCACGAUCGACCAAUCACCAAUCACAGAUUUAAGAUUAAAUCAGUCCGAUAAAGAUCGUGGCCAAUUGAUCGGUGCCAAAUAUGAAAAAAAAUAUAUAUAUAUAUAUUCCAACUGUUCUAAAGUCAUACAAUAGUUUUGUGUAAAAUUUAAGUCGUUAUUCACUGAAAAUCUUGUUCCCUGACAAAAAUCUCAAAUCUCAUUUGCGCUUGGGUACAUACAAACAUGGUGCGUCAAGGCAGGUUUAAGGUCAUAUAUAGACCACUUUUAUGGUAUGUUUAUGAUGCUUUUUGUGAUUUUUGGAGCUCGAUAGCCUCAGUCCCCAAUCUCCCCAUUCACUUUGUAUAAAAAGAGCAGUUUGGGCAAUCUGCAAAACAUCUCCAUUUGUUUACCAUGGAAAAAAGAAAGUCAUACAAGUUUUGAAUAACAUGAAGGCUGAGUGAAUAAUGACACUUUUUGGUUGUUGGAUGAACUAUUCCUUUACGUACAGACUUUACUUACAAAAUAUAUAAUUUUAUUAUUCUCUAAUAGUGAUUUUUGUUUUUCACUAUAUGCAAGCACACAAACACACAGAGAGAGAGAGCGAGAGAGAGAGAGAGAGAGAUCCAACACAGAGGUACAUAUAUAGAACUUGUCAUCAGAAAUGUAUGACCACACAGACACACAUCUGUUCAACAGUUGUUCUGUGGUUAGCUGAGUCUUCUAACCAGCUCUUUAAGAGGGUGAGGUUCUUACUCAGAUCACAAUAAUAACUGACACUGCACAAUCUACUGUAUAUAUUCUGUCCAGUUCCUCAGUUUUAUUUGAUUUAUUUUUUUGAUGUAUUUUUUUUCAGCCAUCAUUGCACACUUUGAGAUAUAGAGAUAUAGAAAAACAAUAGUCUGUGCUUCCCCACUUUUGAAAAGCACUGGCCACAACUGGAGCACACAUACCAAUAAAAUGCAUGGCUUGAAUGCACCGAAGGUCACGUUGGAUAACUGAUGAACGAAAAAAGAACACUACAAUGCUGCAACACAGUCAAAAACAAAAACACUCUGAGGAAACAUGCUUUUCAGUGCUUUCAUUGGUUUGCAUACCUUAGUCAGUUUGGAGAGUUCCUGUCACAUGUGCUGCUGAAAUGGGUCAGGGCUGAAUGGAAACCUAAUCUGGCAGCCUUGGGGCAUCUAUCAAUAACUUCAGCCGGUUCUUGCUUUGCUUGUUCAGCUGUUCUGUUUCACUAUAAGUACAUGUCAAUAAAUAUGCUAAUCUCCAAUUUAAAGGACAAAGGAACAUAUAAACAACAGGGCUUGGGAACAGUUAUGAUGUCCUGGCAUUUUUUCAAACAGUUGCUUUUCUUCACAGAGCUUCUUGUAAUGCGGCGCUCACAUGUCGAAAGGUCAGGAGGUCACUCACAUGUACAUACACUAGUCUCUUUGUUUUCUUGCAUCCCUGUACUCCUCUGCUGUCUUGGCUUCUGAGUGCACAACAUGCAAAAGCAGAGGGUGUGUAAAUACAUUUUUAUUUUUAGGUUCUCUUCUAUUCCUCAACUAUUCUUUUAAAUCGAAAACAAACACUUCUGUCAACCACUGUAAAAUCGUAACAGAACAGAAUCUUAGACUAAACAUUAGUUCUAGUCUUAAACUAGUUAAGACCAUCUUCAGUUCUCUUGAUGCACCCCUCCUUCAUGAUCAGGAAAUGAGGCUGUCAAAGGUGCAGAAAAAGUAAACAGGCCUGUGGGAAGUUUUUGAAGCUUUGAAGUGGGGCUGGAGGUGGCGUGCUGGGCAGUGUUUGUGCAGGGCUGAGCUGCAGGGAAAAAUAUGGGUGUGUAACACUUGUUUGAAGUUUGGAGACUUAAUCCUGUGUUUAUCAAAACCACACCAGCUCUCUCCUCAAUGCUAGGAGGAAGACAAGCCGCUGAGAAGAAAAAAUGAAGCAAAAUCAAGUGAAAUAAGCAGACAUCCAUGCAGAUCUACAUUUGAAUUAAUUUUACGAAGCCUCUCAAGAACAUGCAUAUUCAGGUAUUAUUACGCCUAAAGAAAAUUAAGCCUAGUUUUAGGACUAAGAAGAUUUGUGGCAUUAUGACAUUAUUUUCAUAACAAUUAAGCUCAUUUUCCCCUAAAUUCCAUUUAAUGUAAUGCAAAAAAAACCUAGCUCAAUAAUUAACUAAUAAUUAAAAAAUGAAUUAGCUUAAUAUACGCAAUUAUAAGUAAGCCAUCUGUUAUGGAGGACCAAACCUGCAAUAUACUGUAUAUAUAUAUAUAUAUAUAUAAAGAAAUGUAAAAAAUUUAAAAAGUGUCCAUAGAAAUAAAUUUUCUAAUUUGACAUACGAGUACUGAUAAAUAUAAAUGUCAUAAAUGACACUUUUUUCAUUAUAUAAAUUUAUUUGUACAUUUAUUUUUAUUUUUUAUAUUUUUGCAUGUUAAUAGUCCUAAAAUAGGCUUUAUUUUCUUUAAGCAAAAACAUUUUUUUUGUGUUUUGAUUAUGGGGUGAAAUGUGACCUCAACAUGUUUUACUCAUAUGCAUACAGACACUAGAGUAAACUAGCACUCUUAUCUGAUUUGUAAUCUUACAUAUUUUGAUCUUUGCAUUUGCAUCAGUGUUAUGCAUGUGUAUCAUGAAUAACAAAAUGCAUCAUAAACCACUACAGUUUAAAAACUUGCAAUUUUCUGAUAAAGUCCUGGAUAGAGAAUGUGAUCUUGAGGGAUUAGUGAUGGGUGAACCAACUCCACACUAAGACUUGCGUUCACCCAUGUGUGCUAGUGGAGGCAAUGCCCUAUGAUGACAUGAAAGGAAAAGAAGUCUGGCACAUCUAAACACCUCAGAGUUUCCAAACUUUCCUGAAUCACUCCCUCCACACCUUUGAGUGUGUGCCAUGAGCCAUAAGGCACAAUCUGCACUCUUUUAACUGGCUUAAGCUGCAAUCAAAUUUGCUAACUGUUAAACAGUAUGCAAGAUUUAGAAUUAAUUCAUUCCAAAUCAUAGCAUGUUGGAAAUAGGAAAAUAGGUGCACACAUGGUACUCACCUAAAAAGGAAGUAAAGAUUAAUUACAUGUUUGCUAGAUGCUAACAUUAGCUUUGAGACAAAGGGGUUAUCAAGACACAAUUUAAUGUGGUAGUAUAUCCUCAUAAUUGCACGUCAUCUUACUCAAAAGUAUAUAUUUUUUCCUAACACAUGUGAAGUACACCCUUACAAAAAAAUCUAAACUAGCCACAAACUUUCCACAAAUUUGCAGCAAAUUUGCCACUCUUUAUUUUCACAUGCAAAUUAGCUUUUGAUUCGCCGCAAAUGUUUGCCAGUUUGUUUUUUUAGUCUUUUUCAUUUCCCUUUUUUUUUUCACGUGCUAAACUAGCUUAGAACAUUGUGGUCAUACAUAAUGAUAUUUGUCAGUCAACUGUGUCAAGAGCUGAAGAGCUUUGUAUCUUCCAUUUGUGUCUGGUGUUUGUUUACAGAUAAAGCAACACCUUUAACAGGCACGUUUAGAGGUUGGGAUCUUGGUCAUGACUGCAUGUGUUGACAGUUCUUGCCAAAUCUAGAGCUGUGCUGUUAUGUCACAAAUGACGCAGUUUUGAAGAUAUUUCUCAACCUCAUUUACCCCAAACCUCAACUUGGUUUCACCUGCAGCAGAUGACAUCAAAUGAACAUUAUAUUGUUGCUGAGUUGGUUCUAUACAGGGUGGGAGGCUGUUCUUUAUCAAAUGACCAGAUUUAAACUGAAGAACACUAAAAACACCUUAGCAACUACAUAGCACUGCUUUUGCAACCCCCCACAAAACCCUAGCGUCAUGAGCCACAGUUUUAACUGUCAACAUGAAGUCUGGUCCACGCUGCAUCUUAUUCUAGCCAAGAAUGGCCCACUAAGACAGGAUACCAUCUGAUUGACAUCUUUGAAGUAUAAAUCCCCAUCUACUUUCCUUGUAUGGGUAACAGAAGCUCAGAUAUUCUGCCUAAGAUCUCCUUUAGUAUUUCAUGGAAGAAUAAAGGUGGUACAUGUCAAAGUAACAUCCACAUGAAUGUCAGGACCCAAGGUUUCCCAGCAGAUCAUUGCCCAGAGCAUCACACUGCCUCCGCCAGCCUGCCUUCUUCCCAUAGUGCAUCCUGCUGCCAUCUCUUCCCCAGGUAAACGACGCACACGUACUCGGCCGUCCACAUUAUCUAAAAGAAAACCUGAUUCAUCAGACCAGGCCACCUUCUUCCAUUGCUCCAUGGUCCAGUUCUGAUGCUCAUGUGCCCAUUGUAGGCCCUUUCGGCGGUGGACAGGGGUCACUCUGACCGGUCUACGGCUACGCAGCAAGCUGCGAUGAAUUGACACCUUUCUAUCAUGGCCAGCAUUAAGUUUUUCAGCAAUUUGUGCUACAGUGGCUCUUCUGUGGGAUCGGACCACUCAGCUAGCCUUUGCUCCUCACGCGCAUCAAUGAGCCAUGACCCUGUCGCUGAUUCACCGGUUGUCCUUCCUUGGAACACUUUUGGUAAAAACUAACCAAUGCAUACUGGGAACAGCCCACAAGACCUGCCGUUUUGGAGAUGCUCUGACCGAGUCGUCUAGCCAUCACAAUUUGGCCCUUGUCAAAGUCGCUCAGAUCCUUACGCCUGCCCAUUUUUCCUGCUUCCAACACAUGAAACUCAAGAACUGACAGUUCACUUGCAUAUAUCCCACCCCUUGACAGGUGCCAUUGUAAAGAGAUAAUAAAUGUUAUUCACUUCACCUGUUAGUGGUUUAUAUUGUGGCUGAUCAGUAAAAAAAAAUAGUAUUCAGAUAAUUAAAAGGCAUUAUUGCGGCAGAUGAGUUAAGCAUUGAUAAGACAAUACAAAAAGUGGCUCUAGAAUCCAAUGUAUUGUUUAUUUGCAUAUAACUGAACAUAUGUCAAUCAUUGGCCUACAGUUCACAGCAACCCUUUUUGCAAUUUAAUUUUUCAGUCAGUCCAGCAUUUAUUAUGAGGGCUUGUACACCUGCGUCAGUCGGAUGCUUUUGGAGCAUCUCCUGUUGUGCUGUCUGCUGAAGGGUUGGUUUCCCCUUGGUAUAAUCAGCUCAGGAACCUUCCUUAUUAUGGUCCAGGGACAUGAUUAAUAGUGUACAUUUUUUUAUGCGUUAUUUUUCAUAUAAUUAAUCGCACUGAAUUAAUACGUUAAAUCGAAAGCCCUAAAAAAAAUAUAUAUAUAUAUACACACUCACCGGCCACUUUAUUAGAUACACCUGUACAUCUACUUAUUCAUGCGAUUAUCUAAUCAGCCAAUCGUUUGGCAGCAGUGUAAUGUAUAAAAUCAUGCAGAUAUGGGUCAGGAGCUUCAGUUAAUGUUCACAUCAACCAUCAGAAUGGGGAAAAAAAUUUGAUCUCAGUGAUUUAGACCAUGGCAUGAUUGUUGGUGCCAGACGGGCUGGUUUGAGUAUUUCUUAACUGCUGAUCUCCUGGAAUUUUCAUGCACAACAGUCUCUACAGUGUAAAGAGAAUGGUGCGAAAAACAAAAAACAACCAGUGUGCAGCAGUCAGAGCAGGUGAACGAAGUGGAGCGGUGUGACAAUCCGCUCAAUAACCCGCUCCAUGCGUGUGCGCUCCACACAACCGCUCACAGCCCAAGCGGACGCUGCACUCAAGUACCGCUCACGCUCACUAUAAAAAAUAGUUUGCUCAAAUCCUGCUCUGACAUUACAUUUCUCUGUAGUAAACCUGGUUCCAAACAUGUACACAGGGGGUAGCUACAGUGGCCCAAGUAAAUUCCCCUUUGCCCACAUGGGCUGAUGUGACCCUCUGGGUGAAAUAUAGGCUGACAUUUAUUAAAUUAUCAAAUGAUUAGUAAUGUACACAUCUUAAAUUAUGUGAUUGUAUUGUUGUGUUUUUGUAUAUAACAUCUCGUUGUUUAUUUUGGACUGGUUUACAACUGCUGUUAGAUAAUCGGGUCUACCAGACCUUCGUUAUCAUUUGUAAUCAGUCAAAUAUUUCUCUGUUAGCACAUAUGUCAUUGAACAUCUUCAAAUAAUGCCUUAAUUUCAGUUCUAAAUUACCUUUAUUUACUUUAAACAGGUCAUCAAACAUGCCUCUACAAGUGAUAAAACAUAUGUGCGUUGGCACGGAAACUUGCAUACACACAAAUUUGUGCUUUCCAGUUUAAACUGGACCCGAGUGAUACAACCGACCCAGAAAACCACAAUCUUUUCAACUUCAAAGUUUGUUCGAGUCAUUUAUGGCAAUAAUGAAAACAUGGACUGGUACCAGGAAAAAUAUUGCAGAAUUCACCAACCCAACCAUGAACCAGACAACUUUGUGGAACACCUCAAACAACUGCUCCAUCACUUAUGGAAAAGAAAGAUGAUGUUUUCUCCAGUCAACAUCCUCAUGCUCAAUCUCUUAGUGUCAGAUCUGAUGCUGGUGUGCUCUCUGCCACUCCGAGCCGCCUACUAUCUCAUGGAUUCCCACUGGGUCUUUGGAGACAUCACCUGCCGGAUCAUGUCCUACGUCCUAUACAUUAACAUGUACGGCAGCGUUUACUUCCUAAUGGUUCUGAGCGUGGUUCGCUUCGUGGCCAUCGUUAAACCGUUCAGAUACAUACACUGGCAAAGUUCUCAGAGGGCAUGGAUAAUAUGCUUCAUUAUCUGGUUGAUUGUGUCAGUGGCCUCCAUCCCGCUUCUUAGAGCAGGAACUUAUCAGGACAAGUUUGGAAAGACAAGAUGCCUGGAAUUGGACUCAUCUGUGCUUAAGACCAUUAUCGUAUUGAAUCGGAGUGUCAUGUUUUUGGCUUUUGUGUUGCCCUUCGCGGUCAUCUCAGUAUGUUACAUUUAUGCAGCCUUCUACUUGCUAAAGCUAAGGAAGGCCAGGCCAAAUCAAAGAUCUCAAUUAAAUCACAAGAAGUCUUGCUCUCUUGUGAUCAUCGUGCUUCUCAUUUUUCUCAUAUGCUUCAUGCCGUAUCAUGUAGUCCGGACUCUCUUUUUGGAGGCUGAGAUGGAUGUUACAAAGAAUGGCUAUGGUGGGUCCUGUCAUUACAUUAAACGUUUGAGAGAGGCAGCUGUCAUUACGCACUGUCUAGCUUCAGGAAACAGUUGCCUGGAUCCAUUGCUCUUCUUAUUCGCAGGGGAAAACUUCAUGAACUUUUGGCGUCAAAAUAUGCCGAGACGCCAGAGUUGUAUAAUAGAGCAGAAUGUGAAAGUGUCGGAGAAGAUACAGACAGCGUUCAUAUAGGGAGGCGGUUAAGACGGAUGUGGUGUGCUUGGGACCUGUCGAUACAUGAGGGGGAACAGAAGUAAAUUUCCCAAAUACCUGAAGAGAAAGAUGUUAUCUGUGGUGGAAAACCCCAUGCAAUUCAGUGCUAAUGGGGUAUGAACCUGGUUAACCUCUUGUAUGAAAGAUUAAAAAAUUAAAAAAUACUAUCUCAAUCAAUUGGUUCUCCUACAUCAAAGAGAUGAAAUGAAGAGCAAAUGGAGUCUUUUGCUUUGAGCAAUACAAAUUUCCUCUGUGCUUAAUCUUGAAAUGGCAUCUGGCACAUUAAAAUGCUAAAAGAUUUUUAUAAUCAGGGCUUCUUAACUUGGCACUUAAUACACUGCAGCAUUGCAAAGUUGUUUACAACCCUGCCUAAAAAGUAAUGUUAUUGUAGUUUUUGUAAGGACCUACCUGACAGUAAGUACAUGUGUACUGUUCAAAAGAGUUGUUUUUUCUAAUGUACCUACUACUCUAGAAAAUAAUUUUACAGUCAAAGCUCUUGUUUUGAUUUUUGUAUGUGUAUGUUAGCACAUUGCACAACUGAACGUGUAAGAAAUUGCAGUUUUGCUACUUAUGUAAAUGUUGUAAAUGUUUAAGAGGUAGUAAAAUAUAGGGUCUUUUUAAAGAAUCUAUCACAGAAUUAUAAAUAUGAAUAAUUAUUUCUCGUUAAUCAGGGUCAGAUUAAAGCAUACUAAAUUUUUUCUUUACUUUUUAUUUUAAAAAGUCUAGAACUGUAAAAUGUAAUUCUUUGUAAUGUUAAAAUAAAAGUAUUUACAG